AGCCAUGUCAUAGACACCUUUGACGUACGCUGGGACGCUUCACUAAGUCCUAACUAUACGUUACUACCUCCGCUACGCCCGCUCGCUGACCUGCAGUCGUACGAAAUGGUAUCUAUAAAGAAUCGAGCGAGGUACGUUACAACGUCUACUCACACAGAGUUCAGUCUCGAUCAAUUUCACGACUACCUUGAGGCUUAAAGCAUAUCAAUACCAUUUCACAUUCUGUCCAGCCUUUUUGACCAUCACCAUCUCCCCGACAAUAUGUCCAAGACCAUCUUCAUCACUGGCGGCUCAGGAUACAUUGGUGCCGUCAUUAUCGAAUAUGCCGUUGCACAAGGCUACUCAGUGACCGCCCUCUCGCGCUCCGAAUCCAGCGACUCCAAACUGCGCGCCCUCGGAGCGAACCCAGUCCGCGGCGACAUCAAGUCCCUCGAUGUUCUCACGGCUGAGGCAUCAAAAGCCGACAUCGUUAUCAAUAUGGCCGACGCUAUUGCUUCGGACUUCAAUAUCUCGCAAGACGAGCGCUGGGCCACAAAUUACGCUGCGAACAACGCCCUCGCCGCCGGCGUAAAAGGUACCAACAAGCCCCUCAUCAUCACCAGCGGCGCCAUGACCGCCCAGCCUCAUCCCGAGGACGAAGAGACGGACGAGAAAUCGCCUGGAUGGCCGGAAGGCCACAUCUAUGCCCGAGGCUUCGAGUCGAACAAGCAGACGUAUCUCGACCAAGGCGUCCGCGUUGCCUACGUCCGCCUCGCGCCAUACGUGUAUGGGAGAGGUGGUAGCGGCGUUCGUCUCUACAUGGAUUCGUUCGCACCCCGCGGCAAGGGUUUCUUCAUCAAGCCUGGCACCGCCCUUACUACCACUGUGCACGUAGAAGAUGCUGCGCGUCUGUAUCUCAUCCUCGCCGAGAAAGCGGUGGCUGGGGAAUCGUACAAUGCGACUUCCGAGACGGAUAUUCAACAGAAGCAAAUAUCUGAGGCUAUCUGCGAGACGCUUGGGUUUCCUUGCGAAGAGCUCGAUGUGGAGGAGGUGAAGGCCAAGAUGGGGAUGUUCUUGGCGAUUUUCAUGACGGCAAAGUGUCGGUCGUCGAACAAGAAGGCGAGGGAGCAGCUGGGGUGGAGUGUUCAGGCCGAGAAGGGCAUUUUGGAGGAGAUAAGGAGUGGAUCGUAUGUGGAUGUUGCGAAAGCGAUGAAGAAGCAGGCGAAGUGAGCAAAGAUACAUUACCCUCCUGAGAGCGAGAUGA